AUGGGGCUUGGGUCGCAGAAGUGCCCACUAUUCGAGAGAAACUGGCUAAACUGUGAGAAGCCUGUCAAAGCCACCGUACCUGGCCCAAUGACCAUCAUUGGAUCAACAGCUAAUGCUUUUUACGAUGACCUGAAAGAGCUCAGUUCUGACCUGGUGAAAGUUAUCAAUGCACACAUCAAGAACCUAGUACAAGCAGGAUGCCGUCACAUCCAGCUUGAUGAGCCAGUCAUGGUGAGAACCCCGGACAUCGCGCUAGACUACGGUAUUGAUCAUGCGUCACAAUGCUUUGAUGGUAUCGGGGGAGACGUCGUGAAAACUGUCCAUCUUUGCUGUGGAUAUCCACUUUACCUGGAUCAAACUGAUUAUCCAAAGGCUGAUAAAGAUGCUUACUUUAUGAUUGCCGAUAAAUUAGACCAGGCUGGUUUUGAUGAGGUUUCUCUGGAAGACGCACACCGUCGAAACGACCUGUCCUUGUUCGAUCACUUCAAAAAGAGCAAAAUCGUCCUUGGGUCUGUCGCCAUCGCACGAAGUCGUGUUGAAAGUGUUGAAGAAAUCCGAUCACGGCUACGAGAUGUUUUAAAGCACCUGCCCUCUGCAGAUCAUCUAAUUGUGGCACCAGAUUGUGGUUUGGGUUUCUUACCCAAGGAUAUUCUGCGAGCAAAGCUUAAUAACAUGGUGGAAGCAGCAUCGACAAUGCCCUAGAAUGCACAUUCUGCUACUAAUUUUGUUGUCAUGAAGCUGAUUUUAGGUUACGAAAGACUGGUGACCCUUUCCACGGAGGGAGGUGAAUCAACAACAAUGAGUUUUGGGGUAACAUUUCCGGCAAUCACCAGUCAAU